CGCCCGCCCGAGACAGCCGUCCGGCCUCGCUCCUGCCUACUCCCUCCUGCCCGGACUCCCCCCCCUGAAAUAUGUUCAGGGGCGCUUGGAUGUGGCCCGGGAAAGACGCCGCCGCGCUGACUAUCUGCUGCUGCUGCUGCUGCUGGGCUCCCAGGCCAAGCGACAAACCUUGCGCCGACUCUGAGCGGGCGCAGCGAUGGCGACUGUCCCUGGCGUCCCUGCUCUUCUUCACCGUGCUGCUCGCUGACCAUCUGUGGCUGUGCGCGGGGGCCCGGCCCCGGGCCAGGGAGCUGAGCAGCGCCAUGCGGCCGCCCUGGGGGGCCGGCCGCGAGCGGCAGCCGGUGCCGCCUCGCGCGGUGCUGCCGUUGCCGCCGUCGCCCGGCGAGGCUACAGCGUCCCUGGGCACCUGCAGCCCCCGAUACAGCAACCUGACCAAAGCCGCCCCCGUCGCCGGCCCCGGGCCGGUCUGCCCCGACGUCCCAGAACCCACGGGGCUGGACGCAGCUUGCACCAAAUUGGAAUCUUUGCAGAGACUUUUCGAACCGACUACCCCGGCCCCCCCUCUACGGCCCCCCGGCUCCCCUCCCCGGACCCGGGUCGAGUACCCCCCCGCCAAAAAAAACUUGCUCAAAGGCCACUUUCGGAACUUCACUCUCUCCUUUUGCGACACCUACACGGUUUGGGACUUGCUGCUGGGCAUGGACCGUCCCGACAGCCUGGACUGCAGUCUGGACACCCUGCUGGGGGACCUGCUGGCCGUGGUGGCCAGCCCGGGCUCCGGGGCCUGGGAGGUAUGUAGCAACUGUAUUGAGGCGUACCAGCGGCUGGACCGACAUGCUCAGGAAAAAUAUGAUGAGUUCGACCUCGUGCUGCAUAAAUACUUACAGGCGGAAGAGUAUUCAAUCCGGUCGUGCACGAAAGGCUGUAAGGCUGUCUACAAGGCCUGGCUGUGUUCAGAAUACUUCAGCGUGACCCAGCAGGAAUGUGAGCGCUGGGUGCCCUGCAAACAGUACUGCCUGGAGGUUCAGACCCGGUGCCCCUUUAUCCUCCCUGACAAUGAAGAAAUGGUGUAUGGAGGACUCCCUGGAUUUAUCUGUACAGGGUUGCUGGAUACUUCACCAAAGCGGCCAGAAACCAAGUGCUGUGACGUGCAGUGGGUCUCCUGUGAAUCAGAAAAAAAGAAGUUCAAGGAGCCUGAGGCCCCCAAAACCCACCACCAGCAAUUCCAUCACUCCUAUUUCCACCACUACCACCACCAGUACCACCACUACCACCCCCGCCAUGAACCUUCGGGCCGCGUGAGCCCCAAGCCCUCCCUGCUGACAGUCUCCGGAGGCUCACGCCUCAGCCCCAGCAGGAUCCGGCUCUGUGUCCUUGUGCUCAUGCUCCUCCAUACCAUGGUGUCCUUCUCCAGCAACCAGGGUGGUGGGGGCCUAGGCUUGGAGACACUGCCUGCCCUUGAGGAGGGCCUCACACAGGAAGAGUGACAGUAUGGAGGGAGGACAGAUCUCCACCACACACUGGCAUCAGCUCCAGCGCCCCCCAGGUGGAGGGGAGGGGGCUCCUCUCAUGGGGGAAUGUAGGACUUGGUGGGGGAGCUGGGAGGGGGGACAGAAGAGGGAACCACGCAUCCCUCCCAGUCUACCCCCCCAACCAAAAAAUAGCUCCAACACAAUGGCCAGAGGGGCCCAGGGAGCUGCAAAACUCAUCCAGGAGAAAAAGGCAGGAGCAGCAGCAGGUGCCCCCUCCCAAGCCCCCAUCUAUGGGGCUUAGCAAAAAAUAAAUAAAUAAAUAAAACAAAACAAAAAAGGGAGGGGGAGCAGGGGCUGGAAAUAUCCACCGCUGCUGAGAGUCCUGAUGCCAGGGAAGGAGGCUGGUCUCUCAGCCUCAGCCCUGCAGGGAAUGUUGGGGGGGGGGGGCACAGAGGGGAGAAGCUCUUUCCCCCCUCUGCAUUCCUUUUGUUGCCAAGAUCCUUAAUUCCCUCCUGCCCAUAUCCCAACAGGCGACGGCAGACAGUGCAAUGGCCCUCCUGCCACUCCAGCGCACCUUGGCCCACGUGGGGCCACUGCAGGUGAAGCCCCAGGUUGGGUGUGGAGGUGCGCAGUUACAGCUUAGUCUGGGGCCUCAGCUAAGCCCUAUCCCAGCAUCCUAGGCAUUGAGGGAUAAAACUGAGGCACAAAAUGAAUGGUAAAAGAAAGUAAAGCUCGGGAAGGGGAAGAACAAAGUAGAGAUGUGGAUGUAGUGCUGGGAGAGGUUGGCACGUGGGUCAGGGCUGCCUGGCAUUGAGGAGGUGAAUUAGUGUUGAGUCAGGAUCAAGAACUGCUCUCCGAAUCCGAGCAUUGUGCAAGGCUGUCUCUGGGGAAAGAGCACAGGAACUGAGUUGCUGGGCCUCAGAACAGAAGGCUGAGGGCACACGGUUGGACUGCCGCUGUCUGAAGGGCCAUAUCUUACAGAAGGUGCACAUACUCCCAAGGGCCGCUCUUGCCCUGGAGAUCUUGGCCUUGGGGCCAAAGACCUUUCCAUUUCCAAUCUCUGUGGGGAGGAGGGACUUAAGCCCAAGUGGGUCAGGCCUGGCCUGGGUCCUCAUACUCCCUUAUGUUGUCCUAGCCCAGGCCUCCAUGAAGGAGAACCUGGUGGCACUCCCCAGAGUUCUCCAGAGAUGAGCCUCCCCUAUCCCUAUCCUGUCCCCUUUCCCAGCCUACCAAAGAGUAUUCAUCCCUUCCCAUCCUUGACCCCAUGGGUUACUACCCCAAUUGUGGAACAGACUCCUUCCUACCCUGUAGUGGAUCCCUUGCUCCAGUCACCCCUGCCCUUUCCUGGAGGAAGUCCAGAGACUGGCAGGAGGACCUUUUGCCUAGAGAUAAUGUGUUGUCACCCCUCAGCUGGAAGACUUGAACCAUGCAGUUAGGUUGGCGGACUGAGUGAGGAGCAGCAUCGAGAGCCUCUUGGGUGUCAUCAGCCUGGCACUGGUCAGCUGGCAACGGGAGACCACAUUGCUGAGGACGAGGGUGAGUCAGGGAGGGAGCCAGAACUAGUUCCCAGGAAGCUGCCAGGGGCACAUAGGCAUGGGCCUUUCUAGCAUUUGAUGCUAGUGAGUGAAUGCAGGGCAGGGAGACUCGGGCAGAGGAGUAGGAGAGCGGACCACGAGCUGCAUGACAGUGAAGUCAGGAAGGGGACCCCAGGAGAAGAGAGAGCUGACCUUGAUUGACUUAGUAAUGAAUGGGAGGCCUCCCUAGAGAAGAAGAAAUUGCUCAAAGGACCUUGGUUAGGUCCCAGAUAGAGUCCACAAGACGGGGGACGUCCUUCCCUGCCAGUUUUCUCAGU